AUGGAUGAAAAUAAUGUUACUUUCUUAAACAAUCUUGAUUGGAGAUCCAAGUUGUUUACCAUCAAAAUCAAGGUGUUAAGACUUUGGAUUCGUGUGAAUCCAAAAAGAGAAGGAGAAAUCCUUGGUACUGAAAUGGUGGUCAUGGAUGAGCAGGGUACCAGGAUGCAGGCAACUGUUUGGAGCAAGUUCAUGAAAAAACAUGAAAUUUUGCUUAAUGAAAACGAGUCUUAUUACAUUUAUAAAUCUCAACUUUCUGUCAUUAAGUCAAAUUUCAAACACUUUGAUAAGGAACAUGCUAUUAGCUUAAACUUUGAUACAUCUGUUAAAAAGUGUGAGAACUUUGAUGGAAGUUUAUAUGGUAUUCGUUUAGCAUCUUUUGAGUCCAUUAAAGGCGGUGAAGUCGAUGUCAAGUAUCGAGUUGAUUUUAUUGGAUAUGUAGAUGAGUGGUCUGAACCAGAGAUGACCAAAAUGAAGAUGGGAAAAGAUAGCAAAUACAUGAACUUGCAAUUGCUGGAUGAAGAGGGUAUCAAGUUAAACUGCACUUUAUGGGAUGAGUAUUGCGAUGAGAUGUUUGGUUACGUUCAGAGUCAUAAAGAAGAAGUUCAUGUUGUUCUGCUUGUGCAGUUUGGUAGUUUCAACAAGUAUAAAGGGAAGACGACGCUAUCUAAUGCUUUCCAUAUAACAAGACUGUUUAUCAAUGCUGACAUAGAGGAGAUUCGUUCAUUUAGAACAAAGUAA